AUGGAGGUGAACAAGGAACAACAUGAGGAUAUGCCCAACUAUGAUAUGGAUUAUGAGCAAGAUGAUGGAACCCAAGUUUAUGAUUGGGACACAGAAGAUGGUGAAAAAAAGAACAUUAACUAUAAUAGCCAUUCAGAUUCAGAUGAACAACUCCAAAACACAGUUCCUACAAGGUUAAAUAGGAAGAGGGGAAUGAUUCGAUUGCCAAAGCUGAAGACUGAGUAUGUCAAUUCUGGUGGUAGAAAAAAAUGUGUCAAGUUUGAUGAAUUCAGUAAAUUUACAAGAAAUAAUAAUGCGGUGUUUUUAGUUAUUUAG